CCCCAGACAGCGGGGCCGGGCAGCUGGGCCCCCCGACAGGAUGCCGGAGAAGCGGCUCUCGGCGGAGCCGCCAGAAGUUACAGAAGAAGAGUUUGAAAAUUAUUUGGCAACCGACAACUUCCUUGUGGAUUACUUUAAUGAGUUCUUAAGUCUUCCUACAUUUUCUGAGGCAAUUAGAUUUAAUGUGGACUACGGAGUUUUUGAAGUAGUGAAUGAUGCACCACAACAUCUGGAGAAGCAACUGAAAAAAGUUCUGCAAAGCCAGCAACCUCGGAAUCCCAUCUACGACGUUAUAAGGAAAGGGAAGAGUGACGGUAAAUCCAUUCAGAAAAGUGUCCCCUGUGAAGAUGAGGCCAUCAAUGUCAACUACACCAUCAUGUGUCUCAAGCGUGAACAAGGUAUUAAUUGGAUCAAAAGGAAAAGACUUCCGGCAUUUCUGGAAAGCGAUUGCUACUUUGAAUACAGGUUAGCCAAAUUGAUCUCGCAGGCCACAUGGAGCAGCUCAGGUACAAAUUUCAUCGUAGGUACAAACCUUUCUCCCUGGAUCCUGAGAAAACCGCCAACUCCACCUCCCUCCAGCACCGAAGAAGACAAUUACCUGAUUAUGAAGAAGUUCUACGUUUCUCUUGGCCAGGCCUCCUAUACUCAAACAAAAGACUGGUUUACACUAGCCAAGGAGUGUGAGAAGACAGUAUCAACAUUUUCCUUACCCUGCUGUAUACCCCACCACCAGACUGCAUCCCCAGUUAUUUCCAAAGCUUCUGAGAUUUUUGAUGAUGGAGUUCACCCCAGGACAGUAAAAAGCCUGUCUAAAGUCUCGAAAGCAGCCUCUGAGCUGGAGGAUGAAGAAGAAGGGUCUGUAUCAAUGAAAGACUCACCUUCUCAGGCUCUUCUGAGGAUAUACCUGGAGAAGAAGGAUGACCCAGACAAAAACCUGACCCUGCACUUCUCGACUGUUGAAGAAUUCCUAAAUGCCUAUAUUAUCUUUGUCUUGAAGGAAGCCAUCCAGCACAUCACGGGUCAGUCCCUUAGUGACACUCCGGGCUAUGUCAACUACUACAAAGUAUCCCAUGUGAUAUUCGAUAAAGUUCAGCCUGCACCUAGCAACAAGGCUGUAGUUUCACCCCCUGCUGAAACCGUAGAGGAGAUCUCAGAAGAUAGAUUGGAAAAUGUAAGUUUAAGUUCGAAGAGUGAGAGUGUUGGUCCCGAGAGCAGGGCGGACUGGUGUGUCUCUCACAGGACCUAUGACAUUGGCAACAGAAGGGAAUUUGAAAGAUUUAAGAAGUUUCUAAAGGGCACACUAGGAGAGAGAUACUGGUGGCUGUGGAUGGACAUAGAGAGACUGAAAGUUCUUAAGGACCCUGGAAGACAUCAAAGACAUCUUGAGAAAAUGAAAAAAUGCUACCUUGUGAGCAGUGGGGAGCGCUACCUUUCUGCAGAAAUCUUAUCGAAGUUUAAGCUGCUGCAUGGAUCCCGGUGGACAGAAGACCAUUUGAAAAACAUUCAGGUUGAGGUUUUAAAACCUCUGCUUCUGUAUUGGGCACCAAGAUUUUGUGUGACGCAUUCGGCUUCAGCAAAAAAUGCCAGUGCUGAGCUGAAGUUCUGGCGCUUCCGUCAGGAGAAGCCGAGGAAGGAUGUUGACCCUUUCCCACAGAUGGCCACCCUCCUGCCAUUACGACCGAAGUCCUGCAUUCCACAGUCUCCUGAGGUCCAGGGAGAAGAAAUCGGUUUAUUUCAACCAUCUAAAACUAAGAAAUUAUCAAAAAUGAAUGCAGGGACUCAAAAACUUGGGAGAAGUGAGUCUCUGCGUCCAGUUUCUUCUAAGGAAGAUGCGGUUGAGAAAGGGUCAAAGAGGCCACCAGAGAGCACCACCGUGGUCCGCCUGACGUCUUUUACUGAUAUCUCUGAAUGUCUGAAGCCCCAACUGGAGAGAAAAUACACUUACACCGAGGAGCUUAAUGUAAAAACUGUAUCAAAUGUUGGAGCCUUGGGAGGAUUUGACAUGGAAAACUUGUUGCAAUCUUUGUAUGUAGAAAACAGAGCUGGAUUCUUCUUUACUAAAUUCUGCGAGAAUUCAGGGAACAAGCUGUGGAAGCACAGUGUGUACUUUUGGUUUGACCUACAGGCUUAUCAUCAGCUGUUCUACCAAGAAACACUUCAACCUUUCAAAGUAUGCAAGCAAGCCCAAUAUCUUUUUGCCACUUACAUUGCUCCGUCAGCCAGUCUAGACAUUGGACUCCAUCAGGAAGGGAAGAAAGACAUUUACAUGAAAAUACAGCCGCCAUUCGAAGACCUUUUUGACACAGCAGAGGAGUUUAUCCUUCUCAGCCUUCUGGAGCCCUGGACACAGAUGGUGAUGUCAGACCAGGUGGCUUACAAAAAGGUGGAGCUACAAGAAGAGACUCGGCAGCUAGAUUCCACAUACUUCAGAAAGCUACGUGCUUUGCAUAAAGAAACAGUUUCCAAGAAGGCUGAGGACACCGCUGGAUCUGCUGCGGCCACGCUGUCACUCUCAGAUGUCUCUAAACAAACAGAGUACUGGCUCAAUGUCCCCGAGGAGUACAAACACUUCACUUUUAGUGACCUCCUUAACAACAAGCUGGAAUUUGAACAUUUCCGUCAGUUUCUAGAGUCUCAUUCUGCAAGCAUCGACCUUAUGUGUUGGAUAGAUAUUGAACAGUUCCGAAGAAUCGUUUUUAAAGACCAAAAGCAAAGAGAGGAAAAGUCUAUAUACAUUAAAAACAAAUACCUUAAUAAAAAAUAUUUCUUCGGACCCAGGAGUCCAGCUUCUUUGCAUCAACAGAACCAGAUAAUGCUUCUUAGUGGUGGCUGGGGACGGAUUCUUCAUGAGCAGCUCGAAGCAUCUGUGCUGAUAGAAAUCCAGAAGUAUGUCUUGAAUAGGCUAGAAAAUGUGUGGCUGCCGCUGUUUCUCUCAAGUGAACAGUUUGCAUCACGUCAGAAAAUAAAGAUACGGAUGAAAGACAUAGCAGAUGAGCUUUUACUGCAGAGGCAUGACAGGAAAAUUGGAAUUUGGAAGCCUGUGGAGAGUAAGUGGAUAUCUUCAUCCUGUGAGAUUAUUGCUUUCCGUAAAGCAUUAUUGAAUCCAGUCAUUGCAAGGCAAUUUCAACGGUUUGUGGCCCUAAAAGGAGAUUUAUUGGAAAACGGAGUUCUUUUCUGGCAAGAAGUACAAAAAUUUAAGGAUUUGUGCCACUCACAUUGUGAUGAAUCUAUCAUCCAUAAGAAGAUUACAACCAUCAUCAACUGCUUCAUUAAUUCCUGCAUCCCACCAGCUUUACAGAUUGAUAUUCCAGUUGAGCAAGCCCAGAAGAUCAUUGAACACAGGAAGGAGCUGGGGCCGUACGUGUUCCGAGAGGCACAGAUGACAAUUUUUGGGGUUCUGUUUAAGUUUUGGCCACAGUUUUGUGAGUUCAGGAAGAAUUUAACUGAUGAAAAAAUCAUGAGUGUUUUAGAAAGAAGACAAGAAUAUAAGCAGAAAAGGAAAGCGUCAGACAUAGAAGAAGAAAAGACUGGAAAGACUGGAGUCAAGCAGUAUGCAAGUACUACAGGUUCUCUUACGAAACCUGCCUUAGGCAGUGAGUCUCUCCUAGUCCUGCAGUCCUAUGGCCGACAGCCAACCUGGUGCUAUUCAAAGUACAUAGAAGCCUUGGAACAAGAGCGGAUUCUUCUGAAAAUUCAAGAAGAAGUGGAAAGAAAAAUGUUCACAGGUACAUCAUCUUUCACAAACUUGCUUAAGCCUUCCACUGGCUCCGCUCUGUCUUUGAAGAAGAAUGUGUCUCCUCACAGCAUCCAGAGAUAGCAGCUUCCAGUCCACACUCAGAUCCUCAUGCUGCCGAGCACCAGGAUUUCUUUAAGCUAACAUUAACUAACACGAGAAGCUGAGUGCCUGAGGUGUUGAAUAGUCUGCGUCCCCUUAGAAUACUGUCUAUGAUAGGCUGGAAGAAUUAAAGAUUGUUGCCUGUCACACUCCAUAAGGAAAAAGCAUGUGUAAUCUUUCAACAGAUAUCCCUUGCAGGCCCACCAUAUCUGCUUAGCAGACCUAUUCGUUGGAUGACUAGGGGUGUGACUAUUCCUAGUGUAAUAAACACAGAAGAGCCCUCUGCCUCCAUUCCCAGCCAUGAUGGAACUACAGAAGCACUGGUCUGUACACAGCAGCACCCACGGGACCCACAUGACGAGGGUUAGCAUUUCAGGUGACUUGAUCCAUUCCAUGCAAGCCUUCCAGACACCUUGAUGAUUUUAAUUUGGACUUGUGCUACAGACUACCCUUGAUGAAGACUGUUAGAGCCAAAAGAAAUGAACGGUGCUUAGAAAGGGAAACGCUCUGUCACAGGCAAAGGAGAACCAGACAACUUGUAAGCGAAGACCUGGGAUGGUCCUUUGUGACCCACACAACUAAGGUACUCCAAGGACUAUAACCCAGACUAGAAACUGUGCCCUACAGUCCCGCACAGUCCCAAGAGGUCUUAUCAAAGAUACAAUUGUCAUACCAGAUUCUCCAAGUAGUUUAGAACUUUAAACAGGGAACUUUAUCAGCUGACAUACUUUGAAGGUUCCCUUUCCUCUAAAGAAGGGACUCUCGGGCGCUUGUCGUUAUUUUGCAUUUGGAGGUAAAGCUCUUGCUCCCUCCAGGCUGUCCCUCCGACCCUCAAGGUGUGGCUUGCCAUGUCUUGCUAGAUAGAAUGUCCCUGGCACCGUGCCCACAGCACCCUACACAGAGGCUGUGAACUGUAUCUGUUUCACAAAAUCCCUGAGGAAGUCAGUGCCCCAUGGGCCUCGAUCUUUCUCCCUUCUCUGCUGCAGCUGAGAUUUUAUUGAUUUACUUGUUUUCCCGAUGUUCAAUUUUUUGUUCUCUCAACAUAUUAAUUAUAAUUUUCUAGAAAGUUAUUUUUCCAAGUUGUCAAUGUUCAUUACAGCUAAUAAGAACCCACUUCCUGGUCAUAGUAUCAGGCUGCUGCCUGAGUACUGCAAGCACUGUAGAAUAUUAACAAAAUUAAGAUAAAAUAAAAUAUAUUAUCUUUUUAUUCCUUC